AAUUAGGCCAGGUCUUGCUACAGUAUCGUCAUAUUUUUCGAUUUGGGGUUUUCUGCUGCAUGAACUUCGGAUCGAUUGUUGAACUAAAGAAGGAGUUGAAAGAAUUGGAGGAAUCUCUUCAACAAAGCGAGCUUCUCCUCCAACACAAACGUAGGGACAUCUCCGCAUUUAACAGUGAUAUUGCAGAAAUAGAGAGGAGUAUUGAUGCUUUAGAUGCUUCUAAACUGGCCUUACAUGACAAGGCUCGGGAUUCUAAUCGACGAAAGCAAAUAUUUUUAAAUGAACAGGCAACGUUUUAUGCACAGUCCCCGCAGUUUUCCCGGGAUGCGUAUGUUUCGCAGUUGAUGGAUGGAGAAGCAAAAUACGAUGUUGUUUCAUCCGAAGCCGAGCAAUUGGCAGAGCGCAUAAAGGAACUACAGGAGAAACCUGCCGAGGCUCAGAAGCGUCUGACUGUCGCCCGCUUGAUGACCAUGCUAGAUGACUUGCAGGCUUCACUACUACAAAAGGUCAACGAAACCCCUGCUGGGGAAGAGACUCGUCCCCAUGAGCUUCUUAAAGCUAUUCAGGAGUUGUCUAGGGAGAGGGAGAGGGAGCUGUUCCUUUUGAGAAAAAGAGAGCAUGAGAUGAGGGAAAGUAUUCAUCUGAAAAAGAAACGCAUCGUUGAGCUGCGCAGUGAGUCCGAGCGAAAUAUUGGAACGCUUCGUGAGUCAUGUGAGUACGAACUAAUGGGAAUAACAGAUCGAAUACAAAAAGAGAGGAAAGAUUUAAUAAAUGAAAUCCAACGCUUAGAAGAAACGAAUAAUCAUCUGACACACGUUAUUCAGGAUACACGGCUUUCAGCCGAUGCAUCCACUUCGGAUCGUGCUGUUGUUCUUCCAGCAGACGUGGCCAUGGGAGCUUCUCGAGACAUAGGAGCUGAAAGCAAAGAUCUACGCGAGCGAAUCGCUGCUACUAAUGGAGAGAUGCAUCGACUGAUGCAGAAAACUAAAGAGCUUCAAGAUAAAAUGAAUGAGGAAGCCGAAAAGUAUAACCACAAAAUGUCCCAAACGAAGAAGGAGAUAUUUUUAUAUCAGGAUGAAAUUAUGCGGAUGGAAGAGGAAAACAAGUCCCUAAAAGACCUGUGUGACUCGCUGGCGGCACAGUUACAAGAUUAGUUAUUGCAUCCUUUUUCACCACGGAAGAGUGUAUCAUUCAUUGAAUCGGUUCUUUUUAUGUUGUUUUUGAAUUUCUU